CACACCGAUCGAUCCACCACACCACACUUCCCAUAGCACAGGUAAGACACCGAAUACCACCCCACCCCACACCACACCACACCACACCAUGAGCGACGACAAGCCACAAGACGGAGGACGAGGAGGAUUCGGACGCGGCCGAGGAGGACGCGGACGGGGCCGAGGCCGUGGAGGCCGAGGCGGACGCGGAGGCCGCGGGGGACGCGACGAGAACGUCUGGGUUCCCGUCACCAAGCUCGGACGCCUCGUCAAGGAGGGAAAGAUCGGCUCCCUCGAGGAGAUCUUUUUGUUCUCCAUCCCCGUCAAGGAGGCCGAGAUCAUCGACUACUUCCUCAAGGACAAGCUCCAGGACGAGGUCAUGAAGAUCAUGCCCGUCCAGAAGCAGUCCUCCGCCGGUCAGCGCACCCGCUUCAAGGCCUUUGUCGCCGUUGGGGACGGCAACGGCCACAUCGGACUCGGAGUCAAGUGCUCCUCGGAGGUCGCCACGGCCAUUCGUGGGGCCAUCACCGCCGCCAAGCUCAACAUCGUCCCGGUCCGCCGAGGAUACUGGGGCCGUACCGCCGGCCUCCCCCACACGGUCCCCUGCAAGGUCACCGGAAAGUGCGGAUCCGUUUCGGUCCGACUCAUUCCCGCCCCCCGCGGAACCGGCCUGGUCUCCUCCCCCGCCGGAAAGAAGCUCAUGAGCAUGGCCGGAAUCACCGACUGCUACUCUAGCUCCUCCGGGCACACCCGCACCAUGGGUAACUUCAUCAAGGCCAUCUACGCCGCCCUCCGGGCCACCUACGGCUACCUCAGCCCCGAGCUCUGGGCAGAGAACGCCCUCCUGCCCCUCCCCUUCCAGGAGCACACGGACUUUUUGUCCAAGAAGCUCUAGGCAGCCCGCCGCAUCCUGCCGGUGCCAACAGCGGGCGGCGGUCGAUCGAUCGAUCCCGAUCGGUCCGCUGCCGGGUUCUGUUUUGUUCCGUCGCGGGGAGACACCCUCCCACCCCCGCGGCCAGAGCCCCCCCUUGUGGUGCGGUGCGCUGCGGCAGCACGCCGCCGCCUCCGCCCGCUGGUGCCACCGCGGAAGCCCGUCCGGAAAGAAAGCGUGCCGGAGGAACGCGGAGCCGCGUAGGUGGCCGACCGGAAGGACGGAUUCCCGGUGGUGCACUGUGCUUUCGUUGUUGGGUUUUGGUCGAGCGGUGUGGUGGUUAGGUAGCACUGCACUGCAUUGCAUCGGCACGAUAACGAGAACAUAGUUUGUACCCGGUUAUACACUUUGUCUA